AUGCGGUGGUGGAAAGUCACGAUAUUUCUCAUAUUGGCUGAGCUGAGCACGACUAUCAAUGGCUGGCAAACGGGAAUCGUUUUGGCGCCUCGAGGAUUGGCGAUUCAAAGAAGAAAUGAUGAACCGAUGCUUCUUCGCUUGAAGCGACAACAAUGCCGAUGUGUUCGACUAACUUUUGGAAACGGUUUACAAUGCAGUUGCCCACAACCCGUUGCGAGUACCUCAUCGCAACAAGGCGAUGAGCUGGCCACCGAGUUGCAACAGACAUCGUAUCCGGCAGCCAAAUGUGCUUGCAUACAAAUCGUUUUUGCUGGCAAUCCCCAGUAUCAAUGUCAAUGUGGAGAGAGUGGAACGGUCACUGUUCCGAUGCCUACAAAUCCACCAGGAGGCGGCCAGUGUCACUGUAUAAUGAUCACAAUCACCGGCCCUUCAUCAGCUCAAUAUCAAUGCAGUUGUCUUUCUACUGUUACACCGGCCAUUGAUCAGCCACAAACUGUCCCGGUAACCCCGUUCCCGAUCAUUCAGACGUUCCCCCCGCAAACUGGUGUACCCGACACACUACCACCUGUCACUCUACCACCGACUACAACCCUACCCAUCUUCCCACCGACUCUCAGCACUCAAACACUACCGCCUCUCACCACUACCACUACGACAACUACUGUAGCUGCAAAUCCACCACAAGAUACAUCUCCGAGUUAUCCACUGACGACAACUUGUGUCAUGUAUUUGACUGGAGUUCAGUCAUCACCUUGUAUGUGCAUGCCCGAGUACGAUCAAUGUGCACAGAAUAUUUGCUGUCUUAAAGCAAAGUAUCGAUCGUUAAAGCACUACAAUGCUGCCGCCUCUCUACCUUUACAAAACGCGGAUGUCAACAAAGAAGAGCAACCAUCAACGAUUGAAAUGCUCAUGAAUGUUCUGCAAAAGAUCAAGAACAAAUGGCAAAGCAAAGCU